AUGAACGACGCGGAGUAUGAAAUAGAUGGAGAUGGAGAAAUGUUUUAUAAACAUUUGACUUCCGGUGUCAGCUGGGAAGAAUGGUGGACAUAUGAUGGAAUAUCAGGACCAGCGUUUUGGGGCCUUAUAAAUCCAGAAUGGUCAUUAUGUAACAAAGGACGUAGACAAUCACCAGUAAAUUUAGAACCAAAUAAAUUGUUAUUUGAUCCAAAUCUUAGAGUUUUACAUAUCGAUAAGCAUCGCAUAAGUGGUAAUAUAUUAAAUACAGGCCACAGUGUUAUAUUUACUGUAGAUAAUGAUACAAGACAUCAUAUAAAUAUCACUGGUGGUCCAUUAUCUUAUAAAUAUCAAUUUCAUGAAAUUCAUAUACACUAUGGUUUACAUGAUCAAUUUGGUUCCGAACAUUCCAUCAAUGGAUAUGCAUUUCCUGCAGAGAUUCAAAUAUUUGGAUUCAAUUCACAACUGUAUUCAAAUUUUUCCGAAGCACUGCAUCGAGCGCAAGGUGUUGUUGCAAUAUCAUUAUUAUUACAAUUAGGAGAUUUAUCAAAUCCAGAAUUAAGGAUAUUAACAGAAAAAUUAGAUAACAUUAGAUAUGGAGGUGAAGAACUGGAGGUAAAACGCCUAUCAAUACGAGGAUUAUUACCAGAUACAGAUUAUUAUAUGACAUAUGAUGGGUCAACUACAAUGCCUGCGUGUCAUGAAACAGUUACAUGGUUAAUAUUAAAUAAACCAAUUUAUAUUACUAAACAACAGUUGCAUGGACUACGUCGGCUGAUGCAAGGUGAUGCCAAACAUCCAAAAGCACCAUUGGGUAAUAAUUUUCGACCGCCGCAACCAUUACAUCAUCGACCGGUCCGAACAAAUAUUGAUUUUAAUGUUAAACAAGGGCAGAAUGGAAAAUACUGUCCUAGUAUGUACAAAGAUGUGUAUUAUAAGGCUAACAGUUGGAAGCAACACUGA